AUGGCAAUCACCAUGCUUAUACCAAAAGCACUGGAAGAAUAUAAGAAAAACCUGGAACGUGUAGAUAUCAUUCAUACCUUACUUCAUAGAACUAGGAAAUUAAGUCAGAAAUAUCAGUUGUCUGAAGUAGAAGAUUCAAUCGUUGAUUUUGAAAGAAGCCGUCGAGAGUACGAAACAAGUUUGCUCGAAACAUAUAAACGCGUCAGUUCAUUUAUUAGAAAUUUCUUACUUGACAAAAUUGUGGUAUUUACUCUUACCAAAAUGACAAGUACUAUUCUCAACCCAGCAGUUAAUGCCAUUGCGCGGGAAAAAUUGCAAGAUAUUGUCAAGUUUUUGAGUGGAAGAAUUACAACUAAUGAUUUAUCCGAACAAAUAUGGAAAAAAUAUAUACCAAAAGUUAAGCGUUUUCCGAUGGGAGAAAACGAAUUUGAAAUGGUAUUACCGAUGGAUUUCACAUCUCUAACAGAUUUAUUCAAUGCUCUACAUCCCCAUAAUUUGCUUGCUUUGCACUCAUCAGCAAUGGAGUUCUUUGGCUUAGGCGCACAUCACGAUCUUCCAGAAUCUUUGAUGAAUACAAUUUAUACAUAUGAAUCAACGAAAUUUGUUUUGGAUAAAAUGUUGCCACCAUUUGAAAGUAUUGCUUACGUGAUCGGCGAUAAUCAUUUCAUUACAUUCGAUGGAAGAGUAUUUACAUUUAAAGCACGAUGCGAAUACCUUCUUGCAUCAGAUUUUCGUACACAAAGUUUUGCGCUACUUGCGUUAUUUUCUUCUUAUGGACGUGUUGAAGCUAUUAAAGCCGAAUUGCGUCAAAACGAAAUAAUUUUAUAUAGAAAUGGCAAUGUACAAUUUAAUCGUGCUACAGUACAAAUUCCGUGGCAAAUUAUCGAUAACAUGGAUGGAGCAAGUUUAAUUUCUGUUCACAGAGAAGAACAUUGGAUUAUUUUGUCAACCUACGAUGGUGUACAGAUAAAAUGCAGCCUUGCGUAUGAUAUAUGCAAAAUCGUUUUACCAGGUCACUUUCAUGGAAGAAGCAGAGGUCUUCUCGGAAUAAAUGAUAACGAACCAUCAAAUGAUCAUAACCUAGCUAAUGGCACUUUUAAUGACGAGCUAAAUGUGCUGGCGAAAGACUGGGCAAUAACAGGCAUGUGUCAAGAAAACGAAGCCCAGAUUUUGACUUUUCGAGAAGACCACACCUGCCAAAAAUAUUUCCAUAGGUCUAGCAGUCCACUGCAGUACUGCUUUAAUCAGGUCAAACCUAAGCCAUUUGAAGAAAUAUGUUCCAAAGGUAGUAAACAACAGCACUGCACGGUUGCUUCAGCAUACCUUGAAAUAUGUUCCAAUUUCAAGAUCUUUACAGCAUUACCUGAAGAAUGUGGCAAAUGUUCAAAUGAUAUGUUCAUAGACGAUACAAAGUUGAUCGAGCAAACCUCACCAACAGUGCAUGACAUAGUUUUUAUCAUUGAAGAGAGAAUGUGCAUGGAAAAUCACAAAAAUAAAUUAGCUCAAAUAGUACAGCAAAUUGAAUCCGCAGAUCAACGAUGGGCACGAUUCGGUUGGGUCGGCUUCGGGGGUGAGGGUAUUCAUAAUAAACCACACAUACAUUAUGAUCACAAUGAAGCCUUGCUAAAUUUUUCAUCUUUCGUACGACAAACACGACAAUCUUUUGAAAUUGUAUCAGCAAUUGAGCCAAAUCACGGCAAUCCCGCAGAUGCGAUAAAAUUUGCAAUUAGAAAAUUUCCAUUUCGGCAUGUUUUGUAUCUAGGACUUGAAAUCAUUUAA